AUGUUCUUGGCAUCAAGAAACUGGAGUAGUAUCUCGGGCCUUGUUAACGGUAUGAAGCAGCACGUGUUACGGUUGCCUCAUUCCAGCACUCAUAAAGACGGACGAUGUGGCAUUCAGCUCGCUAACGAGUAUGGAGAGAUGAUUGAGCGUUACGACAUCAUUUUUAGGGAACUUUUCUGUCUUGCCGCAGCCGAGCUUGCAGACCGGUUCCAUGAUGAUUUGACCUCAGUAGGUGUCUUGUGGGAUGAUAUUCUCCUUACGGGCCCAGAUGGCCAGUGGCCACGACCCCAAUCUCGCAUGAGCUCUCAUCUAACUCUUUCUUGGGGAAUGGGAGACGGUUACGAUGACAACCAAAACGGCCCUGAAAUAGAGAAGGGGCGCAACGCUCGGCAGCAGGUCUUUGGAGGGGGCUUAUUGAUGCUGUUGGUUCGCCAUUUUGAGUCGGAUCAGAACGCUGAGUGGUUAAUGUCAGCUGGUUAUCGUUUCGCCGAGCUUCAUCAGGUCAGCAAUAUCAUCAGGCCGGACAUGCAGAUUCAGAGUACCGAGUUUGAGACGAAACUCCGAUCCAUGUCCGCAUACGCAAACAAACAUAACGAGGCACCUCCAGGUGUUUAUGUAGGCUUCUUCGCCAUCCGAGCCUCCGUUAGAUCCGGAUUCGAUGUUCUGGCACAGAAAGACGCCCGAAAUGUUCUCCCAUCCAUGGCUCUUCCACUUAAGACACUCGAUGACUGGCACUUACAGCUCCUCAAGCGGUUUGAAAACAUGCCAGUUUCCAAAAUACUUCAAAAUCUGAACGAGACGUCGGUGCGACAAAGCGAUCAGGAGAGCGAGUUUGCGGCUCAACUAUCAGAGACAAUCAAAACGCUAUGUGAAUGGACUCAAGAGCCCCUCUUUGAAGACGCAGCCCUCACGUCUACGAUAGUCCGUGUACACUGUCGAGACAACGAAGAAUGGGUGCAAUCGACCAUGAUUGUGAUGCGGCUGAUGAUUCCCAUCCACUCGGUGCUCUUCUUCAAGAUGCACCAGGCACCAGCACAAUUCCAGCAUGAGUUUAUGCAAGGGGUGCACCAAGGGUUUGAGGCAUGGCGGAGAGCUCGAUCUUGAGAUGGGGAGGGAGCUGCUCCCA